AUGUUGAAUCUGUUGGUGAGAGAAGAGGUACUAUUGGUAGUGCAGAACUGUUACGACAUAAUCUUGGUCGCAUUAUUCACUGUAGGAGUAACAUAUUUGGCUUCAAAAGCUUGGAAAAGAGCUACCACAAACAAUAGAGAAGAAAUUCCUGGGAGGUUGGGAUUGCCUUUUGUUGGGGAAACUUUUUCUUUUCUUUCAGCCACUAAAAGCACAAGGGGAUGCUAUGAUUUUGUCAGACUUAGGCGAUUGUGGAAUGGGAGAUGGUUCAGGACAAGGCUAUUCGGGAAGAUUCACAUAUUUGUUCCAACGCCUGAAGGAGCAAGGACCAUAUUUGCUAAUGACUUUGUUCUAUUCAACAAGGGUUAUGUAAAAUCAAUGGCAGAUUCCGUGGGAGAGAAAAGCUUGCUAUGUGUACCCGUUGAGAGUCACAAAAGAAUAAGGCGUCUUCUAUCCGAACCAUUUUCCAUGACUUCCCUAUCUGCAUUUGUCACCAAAUUUGACAAAAUGUUGUGUGGAAGGCUGCAAAAGCUAGAACAAAACGGGAAAAGUUUCAAGGUGUUGGACUUUUGUAUGAAGAUGACAUUUGAUGCAAUGUGUGAUAUGCUGAUGAGCAUCACGGAGGAUUCAUUACUACGACAGAUCGAAGAAGACUGCACCGCCGUCUCUGACGCCAUGUUAUCCAUUCCCAUCAUGUUUCCUUGUACCAGAUACCAUAAAGGCAUCACGGCUCGUAAAAGGCUCAUGGAAACCUUCAGAGAAAUCAUUUCCAGACGUAGGAGGGGACAAGAAACUCCAGAAGACUUCCUUCAGUCCAUGUUGCAGAGAGACUCACUCCCACCCAGUGAAAAGCUUGAUGACUCGGAGAUUAUGGAUAAUCUGUUGACCUUGAUAAUUGCUGGACAAACAACCACGGCAGCAGCAAUGAUGUGGAGCGUAAAGUUUCUACAUGACAACAGAGAAGCACAGGACAUACUCAGGGAAGAACAGUUAUCUAUAGCCAAAAUGAAACCAGACGGAGCCUCGAUCAACUAUGAAGAUCUCAAUAAUAUACGUUAUGGUUUGAAGGUAGUCAAGGAAACAUUGAGAAUGUCCAAUGUCCUACUAUGGUUUCCUCGUGUCGCACUUCAAGACUGCACGAUCGAAGGGUAUAACAUAAAGAAAGGUUGGCAUGUUAACAUCGAUGCAACUUACAUACACAACGACUCCGAUUUGUACAAGGAUCCGUUGAAAUUCAACCCGCAAAGAUUUGAUGAAAUGCAAAAGCCGUACAGUUUCAUACCUUUCGGAUCAGGGCCUAGGACAUGCCUUGGGAUCAAUAUGGCGAAAGUGACAAUGUUGGUCUUUGUACACAGACUCACUGGAGGUUACACGUGGACGCUUGAUGAUUUAGAUACUUACUUAGAAAAGAAGGCACACAUACCUAGGCUAAGGAGUGGUUGCCCAAUAACUUUGAAGUCCUUAAGCAAAACCAUGCUAGAGGCAUAA